CUCUCUCUCUCUCUCUCUCUCUCUCUCUCCGUAUUGAACCCUAAAGGUGGACUCUAUUCCUCUCUUUCUCUCUCUACAUCUCACCGACGUAUGUGCAUAUACAUAUAGCUGCCCCACUUUGUUCAAACUCUGUCGUGGCUGUUUCUUUCAUCAACCAUUCUUUUCUACGUAACCCCUCUCGUCAUAACCAGAGACUCAGAAAAGGGUUAGAAAAAUCAUUGAAGAAUAAGAAAGUUGAUCUUCACGUUCACAGAGGUACUCUAAACAACCCAUUUCCAUUUAAUUUUUCUGGGUUAAGGUUUUGCCGUUAAUUCCCAUAUAUAUUGCCACUUAACUUGAUUCUUUGCUUGGUUUGAUCGAUUCAAAUGGGUCGGUUGUGCUUUGUUUGAGCCUUUUGAAGUUUACUUAUCAUGGCGAGGAAGAUGCUAAUUGAUGGGGAGCUGGAAAAAUCUAACCAAGAGGAACCACACUACGACUUCGAUUUGUUUGUGAUAGGGGCCGGAAGUGGUGGUGUUCGUGCAUCCAGAUUCUCAGCUCAAUUCGGAGCCAAGGUUGGAAUUUGCGAGCUUCCAUUUCAUCCAAUCAGCUCAGAAGUUAAUGGAGGAGUUGGCGGAACGUGUGUCAUUCGGGGUUGUGUCCCAAAGAAGAUUUUGGUUUAUGGGGCAUCUUUUGGGCCAGAACUUGAGGAUGCCAGAAAUUAUGGGUGGGAAUUGAAUGAAAAAAUUGAUUUCAAUUGGAAAAAGCUCUUGCAGAAGAAGACAGAAGAAAUAAUCAGAUUAAAUGGGAUCUACAAGCGCCUACUCUCAAAUGCUGGGGUUAAAUUGUAUGAGGGAGAGGGAAAGAUAGUUGGUCCUAAUGAAGUCGAGCUGACACAACUGGAUGGAACCAAAAUAUGCUAUUCAGCAAAACACAUACUCAUUGCAACCGGUGGUAGGGCUCAACGACCAGCUAUUCCAGGGCAGGAGUUAGCUAUAACCUCUGAUGAAGCCUUGAGCUUGGAUGAGUUACCUAAGCGUGCAGUCGUACUUGGGGGAGGGUACAUCGCUGUUGAGUUCGCUUCAAUAUGGCGCGGGAUGGGUUGUACAGUGGAUUUAUGUUUCAGAAAGGAACUUCCAUUGAGAGGUUUUGAUGAUGAAAUGAGAGCUGUGGUUGCAAGGAAUCUGGAAGGCAGGGGAAUUAAUUUGCACCCCAGGACAAAUUUGACAGAGUUGGUCAAAACAGAAGAGGGGAUAAAAGUUGUCACAGAUCAUGGUGAAGAAAUAAUGGCUGAUGUUGUACUCUUUGCCACCGGUCGUGUUCCUAACACAAAGAGGUUGAAUCUGGAAGCUGUAGGUGUUGAGCUUGACAAGACAGGAGCCAUAAAGGUUGAUGAGUAUUCUCGCACAAACAUACCAAGCAUAUGGGCCAUUGGUGAUGUAACAAAUAGAAUGAAUCUUACUCCUGUGGCUUUAAUGGAGGGAACCCUUUUUGCAAAAACUGCUUUUGGUGGGCAGCCUUGCAAACCAGACUAUAGCAAUAUACCUUGUGCCGUGUUCUGCAUACCACCUCUUUCUGUAGUCGGACUCAGUGAAGAACAGGCUAUAGAGCAAGCAAAGGGUGAUGUUUUGGUUUUCACGUCAACAUUCAACCCUAUGAAGAACACUGUCUCAGGACGGCAAGAGAAGACCAUUAUGAAGCUUGUUGUUGAUGCAGAGACAGAUAAAGUUCUUGGAGCAUCCAUGUGUGGGCCGGAUGCGGCUGAGAUUAUGCAGGGCAUUGCUAUUGCGCUCAAGUGCGGAGCAACUAAGGCACAAUUUGAUAGCACGGUGGGCAUACACCCUUCUGCAGCGGAGGAAUUUGUGACUAUGCGCUCAGUGACGAGGCGCCUCACUAAACCGAAGACUAAUCUCUGAAUACACAUACAGCUUUGAGAAUAGUAAUUAGGCUGACAUAAGAGGCUCUCUUAUGUAAUUUGUUUCAUAUUAUCUAUACACCCAGGAAAGUAGAGACAAGGAUCAAAGAAGGUUAUUUCGUUGAGAUUUUGUUGAAUUAUAUAGCCUCAUAAAUGGAAGUAUUUGUUUACAGUUGAAAUGCUUAUAAUGGAUCAGGAUCCACUCAUAUGAAGAUUCCUUAUUGCAAUUUUUAUGUAUGUUGCCAACUUCAGUUCCAUUUUGUGAUGUGCGGGCAAUGUAUUUCUUAGGUACUGCUGCAUGUACCAUUGAACACUGGUUGAUGUUAGAAAAGUAUGGUGAAUUAUAUCGAAGUUUAUGCAUAUAUGUUCUGUUC